AUGGACGCGCUCAUCUCGGCGGCGCUCGAGGAGGUGUGCGCCCGCCUCUCCUACGGAAUCCCCGUCACCGACCUCUGGCCGGCGCUACGCGGGGCGCUCGAGGCGGCCGGCCUCCCGCUCAGCCCCGCCGUCAAGCGCGUCCUGUGGGCUCGCCUUCUCGCGCUCCCCGUCAUCAGCCUCGUGGUGGGCGACGGGGAUGGAUCGCCCGUCGCGCCCGGCGACCCUGCGGAGAAGGACGUGGAGGAGGCCGAGCGGCGGGGCGUGCGGCUGGUGUCGAGCGCGCCGCUCAGGGACAACUUCCUUGGGAUGUAUGACCACAGGUUCGCCAAAUCGGAGCUGAGUGCCGUCCAGAAGGCCGCGCUAGAGCUUGUCGGGGCAAGCAGGACUGUUGGUGUAACACAGAAUGAUCUAUGCAAAAAAUUUCACAUGAAAGGAAACAACUUCCAUUUUAUUGUAAAAAGCCUUGUAUCACAGCGGCUGAUAGUUAGACAAUCAGCUCUCAUAAAGGUGAAAGACAAUGGGGCUGAGGGGGAAGAGGUUUCACAUAAUAAGCAGGUUAUUAACACCAACUCAUUAUAUCUGUCCCGAUAUGCCAAAGACAUGAAUAUGAAUUCACAACAAAGAAUUGAGAUUACAAAACCAGAACUACUGGGGAGCAAUGAAGAGACCAACAUUGCUUUGCAAGAAGAUGGAGCUCUGGCUGUAAAUUUGAAGAAUGACAUAUCUGUUCAUGAUUAUCUUCCAGCAAUGGAAGCCAUAUGUGAAAAACUUGAAAAUGCCAGUGGAAAGGCUCUCGUUGUGUCAGAUAUAAAAGUUGAUCUGGAUUAUAAGAUGGCAUAUGGACACAGAGCAUGGAGAAAUGUAUUGCAUAGGCUAAGAGAUGCACAGCUUGUUGAAGAAUUCGAUGCCAAAGUUGAUGAUAAGGUUGUUCGCUGUUUACGCUUGUUGAAGAAAUUUGAUCCAGUUGAGUUCCAGUCGAAAAGUACAACCCAAGACUACAAAAUUGGCGAGAAACGCCAGGCAAAUGAUCAAGUUAUGGAGCUUCCAUUAGAGAACUGUAUAUAUGAUAUGAUCAAAGCUGAAGGGUCAAAAGGUAUAACCCUUGUCGAGCUUGGCAAACGUCUUGGGCAUAAGAAUUCUAGAAGGCUUCAUAAAAGAGUGUCAUCCAUGCGCCAAAAAUUCAAUUUGACUUGGGAUGCUGAAGUUUCAGAUAAGACAUCUCAGUACCGAGUUUGGACUUCAAAAGACUUUUUGCACUACAAAUCUGGUACUGCUCUGCAAAGUUUUGAGGCGCUCCCAGGUGAUCAUGUCAAUCGUUCCGAUUCGUGGUCACUAGUUCCAUCUAGCGGAUUGGAUUCUCAUAGCUCUCAUGGCAACAAUAAUGAACUCUUGUAUGAAGCGGAAUGCCAUGAUGAGCCAGUUGGACAUUCUCUCCAAAGCAGUCAUGAAGCUUGUGUUGGAGUUUCCCAACUAGUUAAACAAGAUAAACUUGCUUUGGGUCGGAAGAAGCAUCGGUGCCCCCCUUCAACUUCUGAUGAUCGACGACAGAGAAGGAUUCUACACAUGUUGAAGAAAAAGAAAUUUGUGCUAAAGGUGGAGUUACAUAAAUGGUUAGAGAGACUUGAAAAGGAAAAUGGCAAAAUGAUGGAUAGGAAAACAUUGGCUCGCACGUUGAAUAAGCUUCAGCAAGAGGGCAGCUGUAAAUGUAUCAAAGUCAGUGUCCCUUUGGUUACAAACUACACCCGCAAUCGUCUCAUUGAUGUAAUACUGCAUUCUUCUGUUGGGGACUUAUCACCAGAACUUGUUGAUCAAAUUAGGAUGAGGCAACGGAACUUUGACACUGAAACUCGUUCUGGUGCAGCAGCUAAACUGAAGCAAAAUCAACAUAAGACAGCCAUACCUGGUCUGAGGAUUUCACGCAGAAUUAAGGAUAACAAACCGUUAAUAAUAGAAGCUAUGCAUGCCAAUGGAUUUAUAGGUGCAAAAAUGAUCCGGGUGAAGCUGUUCCAUAAAUUUCUGUGGGCAUAUGUCAGUUGUUUGCCAGGUUGCUGCAUACCAGCUGGUUAUGCCGAAGAAGGGCAGCAUGCCAAGGACCUUAAUCAAUCAUCUCCGUUAUUUUCGAUGGCAGCGGCUAUAAAUGAAAUGCCUGUCGAACUCUUUCUACAAGUUGUGGGAUCAGCCAAGAAAAUCGAUAACAUGAUAACUAAGGUGCUUUCAGAACUUCCUACUGAGGAAUACAACCAGCUCAUGGACACUCAUGCUAAGGGACGACUCUCACGCUUAAUAAAUAUUUUAGAUAAGCUCAAGUUGCUCCAACUUGCAAAUGAACUUGUAGAUGAGUCAGGUGUACCAUCAGAUGCUGCGCCUACACAUUCAAUGGAGCUCAGGCCUUACAUUGAAGAACCAAUAAGAAGAAUUCUUCCAUCAUCCCAUGUUAAUUUGAAUCAUCGCCCAAAAAUUCGGCAUGAUUUUGUGCUUUCAAAGCAGGAGUUUGUUGAUGCUUACUGGGAAACAUUAGAGUACUGCUAUCUGACAGCUGGCUUGACUGAGCCGUUAAGUGCUUUCCCUGGCUGUUCUGUACCUGAGGUUUCUCAUCCUCGUUCAUGGAGUUCUCGUAGAGUAAUGACUAUUGAACAACGGCGGGAGUUACAAAAGCGUAUUAGAAAAAUCAGUGAGGAGGGGAGAAUUCCUUUCAAAGAUUGUCUUGUAAUCGCAAAAGAGUUGAAUCUCUCUCUAGAGCAGGUGCUUUGUGUUUCGUACUCUCAGAAUAGACAGCUCAGCUUUCCUACACAAAAGCAGCAACGAGCUAGUUCUGGAUCGAUCUGUCAGAAAAGGAAAAGAUCUGCUAAUAAGGUUACCCUACGGUUUAUUAAACAAAAAGUUGAAGCCAGUGGAUCCUCUGGAAAGGCAUCAACCCAGUCUACCCUGGAUGAGGGAUUACCAGGGAGCAUUUAUGCAUCAUCCACUGGUAAAAAGUUCAUGUGGACAUAUGAAUCUGACAGAAAACUGCUGAUGAUCUACACUAGAUUUUGUGCAGCACGCGGACCCAAAUGUCAAUGGAACACUCUCUCUGGUCUUCCAGCUGCACCACCUACAUGUCGUAGAAGGAUGGCAUAUUUAAAUAAAAACAUAAACAUAAGAAAAGCUGUCGUCCGAAUCUGUAGCCUUCUCAGAGAGGAAAGGAGAUCGAAAGAGAGGGAAUUCCAUUCCCAUAUGUCAAAUUCUAGUCAUGAGAACUGUGUGGAUUCAGAUUCUGAGAUAUUCAAUUGGGAUUAUUUUGAAGAUCCAGAAAUAAAAAAUGCACUUGAUGAAGUCCUUGAAUUCAUCCGAGUAGAAAACGUGAACCAGACCAGGGAAGUUGAGCCUAAUAAUUCAAAGUGCAACAAUGAUAAUAAUGCCAAUGAGGAAAUUCCAAGUGGGCAGAAAGAGCAGGUUAUGCAAGGUGUUACCAGUACAAGCGCUGCAGUUCCAGAAACUGGAUCAUGUGAGCUUGCAGAAUUGCCUAGACAAUCAAAUGCACCCCAUGCUAGUAACAGCGUGGACGGUCCCUGUGCAUCUGAUGAAAACAUCAUUAAGGUCAACAAAGAUGAAACUACUAGAAGAUAUGGAUGCAAAUCUUUAGCAGUUGCCAAUGCGAUAGAGCUUCUGAAGUUGGUUUUUCUCAGCACAUCAUCAGGAUCAGAAGUACAAGCUUCAUUAGCUACAACCCUCCAGCUUUAUUCACAGAGCGAAAUUGUGGCUGCCUUUUCCUUUCUUAGUGAGAAGAAGUUCACGGUUAGUGGACAUGGAACAAAGCCAUACACCCUUUCUAGAAAAUUCUUCUUCAAGGCUUCUCAUUCACCCUUCCCAUUUGGUUCUGGAAAAAAGGCUUCUGAAUUUUCCAACUGGCUUAUAGGGCAGCAAAGGAACACUGCAGACAAUAGAAUUUAUUUGUAUCCAGAUGUAGAAUGUGGAGAAAUUGUUUAUCUCUUUUCGCUGGUUUCGUCUGGAGAGUUGUUCAUUUCACCUUCCUUGCCAAGCGAAGGAGUUGGUGAUGCUGAUGGGCCUAAUAGUUCCAAUCCUUUGGUUGAAGAUACCAGUGGACUAAAUGAUGGUACUCACAAACGCAAGGCUGAUACGGUGGAACAGGAAAGCAGUGCGGCUAAGAAAAACAAGCUUUGUUACCGCCGUGAGAAAGGUUUCCCUGGUAUCCAAGUUGCUCUGAAUCAGGAGAGAAUUGAAACAAGCUAUCUCACUCAAGAGUUACAUGAUAAAGAGUGCCUUAUUUUUAGUUUAGCUCAGGAAAUGAGCAUGAAGGAUGUUGAUUCACAGGUUGAAAGCCCCAACACGUUACUGUAUUUAAACAACUCCAGUUCAUGUCGACAUAUGCUGUCUGAAUCUCAUUUGGAAAGCUCUUAUAAUGGAUGGCCUUGGGAUGCUAUGAAAAUAUAUGCGGACCAGUUACCAUCAUUAUCUUGUAAUCAAAAUGAAUCGUCCAUAUUGUCUUCUGAUCUGUUCAGAAAUGCAUUUUAUGUUAUUUAUCAAGGUGGCGAAGGAGGAGUUAAUUUGAGAGAAUUGUCACGGGAACUGCAUCCAUUAGGCACACAGUUAGUUGAUGUGAUUGUUCAUACACUCAAGAGAUUUCAUCUGGCCAUGGAGGUCAAUGCGUACGAUGGUUUCCAGAUCGUUGACUCAUUACAUAAGUCAAAGUAUCAUAUAACCACACUUGCAGAAUACAGCCAUUGCAGCUGUUCACAAACUCCAGGUUCGCAAAUAAUGAAGACUGGAGGCACAGAAAAUGUAUUGAAAGAGAAGCAUGCCAUGUCUAGUAAGCAGGGAACUGUAAAAAAACUUGGUGAUGGGCACACAGUCACAAUUAUUAGUGGUGAAAGCAAGUCAAGUUCAUCUCAUAUGUGCAAUCAAAAUUGUGGAGAUAAGGAAAUACUGUCUACUCCAUCACAAGACAACAUGGAGAGUGAUUGCUGCCAUGCUUGUGGAAGGCAUAUUUAUCACCCUAUAUUGCCAUGGAUAAAUGGUGAUGGCAGCAUCAAUAGUACCGUCUAUGAAGGUUUAACUCGUCGAAUUAUUGGCUAUGUGAUGCAAUAUCCAGGAACAGUAGAGGAGGAUGUUAUCCACAAGAUGGAUGUAUUGAAUCCUCAGACAUGCAGGACCUUGUUGGAGAAGCUGACACUUGAUAAACACCUCUAUGUUCGGGUGUUCGAAGAACCUGUGCCUACGGCUCCCACCAUAUUGCAGAGUCUUUUCAGUCGGGACACCUGUACACAACCAUGCAAGCGUAGAAGGCGUUACUUCUCUAACUCAACGAGCACAUUCAUGUUAUAA